UCAGACUAUAGACAGUUCAACUUUUUGACUGGCCUGAAGAUGAAGUUCCUUAUCCUCGCACUCUCUACCAUUGCCGUGGCAUCAGCCGCUUUCUUCGGAGGUAAAACCGUCAACGUCUUGGACGAUGGCAGCAUCGUGGUACGCACCGACACCGGUAAGCAGAUCAUGAUCUCCAAGAAGAUGGGACCUCUCGGCCAACACGUUAUGGAGAUCGACGUCACCGGACCAUUCACCAUGGGCAAGAAGAUCCAAAUCGACGAGAGCAACCAAGUCCGAGUAUCCCCAGGUACUGGCACCUUCGACAUGGAAACCGCCGACCUGAUGGACAGACUCAAGAGGUCCCCCAAGGUCACCACCGCAGCUACCCAAGCCGACGCCUUGGCCGAAAUCAUGAAGGAAUUCCAGGGCAUCAUCAACGAAGCCGGAUACGAAAAAUUCUUGGCCAAAUUACAGAAGUCUGUCACUAAGGGUAAGCUCGACGCUUCCGUCGUGGACUACAUCCAGAACUUGGCUGAAACUAUGCCAUGGCACACCGUUGCUCCUACCACCACCACUACAACUGGUAACGCUCAAGUCCAAUACCCAGCUUCGACCGUACAAGGUGUGGUUGGAACCAGACAGCUACCCUGGUACAUGUGCAACGACAUCGCCUGCUUCAAACAGAUGAUGAUGAUGAACGGUAUUUACCAAAAAGCCCCAUUGAUGACCUACGAUCAAUACAUGAGGAUGAACAUGUACAACAACAUGCGCAUGAACCCAAUGUACAACGGACAAAUGAGCCCAAUGAACUACCACAGCAUGUACCCAGUUAACAUGGGUCUGAACCAAGGCUACCCAAUCAGAGAAGGUGCAAUUGACACCGGAUUCGUCAACAAUGACUUGGCCGCAAGGAAGAACUUCUGGAGCACCUACAUGAACAGGCUCAACAUGAACUCUUUCGGUACCCCAUACGACGAACAGCAACAACCAAUGCCAAUCAACAGGGAGGUUGCUGACAACAAACUUUACUUCUGAGGAGAUGGAAAAAGCUAACGACUGAAUUUUUUCGUUAUUUUUUUGUAUAAAUUGUUAUUAAAAAAAUUAUUUUAUGAUUGCGUGGCAUCCAUUAGGAAAACUAAUGGGUCGAGCAGGAUUCGAAUGUACAUAAACAAUUAAAUGUUUGUAUUAUUAAAAA